UUCCCUAUAGUUCCCUAGGAAGAGCGCAACACAGGCAGUUCACCAGGGUUUGAGACACAGCCUGUGUCGCGCUCUCAAUCUCGGACAGCGCACUGGUCCACCUGGAUGCGGUGACUUUCGUUCCUUUGCAUUCAAUCCUAACAGCAGAGACACUUUGAAAAUGGCUGGAGCAAUUAUUGAGAAUAUGAGCACCAAAAAGUUGGUGAUUGUGGGAGUAAUUCUCCUUUUAUUCCAAGCGUUCUCCUUUAUGGUCGGAGGACUGAUUGCUCCGAGCCCCACCACUGCCGUCCAUUACCUGGCCACCAAGUGUGUGGACACUGUGAAGACCCACCAUAAGGGCUCCAAGUGGUUCAUGCCAUGGGGCCCCGACCAGUGCAGCAAGAUCAGAGACUUUGAUGAGGCCAUGGCCAAGAGAAUCGAGGCCAACAACAUUGUUUUUGCAGUCCACAUUCCACUGCCCAACAGAGAGAUGAGUGCCUGGUUCCAGUUCAUGUUGGUUAUCCUCCAGUUUGACAUUGCCUUCAAAAUGCAAAACCAGAUUGACAAUGGAGCUUUGGUCACCAUGGAUGUUGGUCUGGCCUACAGAGACAGCACUCUGAGUGAGUGGACUGAGAUGGCCCAUUCUAUAGAGCAUCGCAAACUGAGCUGCAAUUUCACUGCAACAAAGACUUAUGAGAACGAGGGGCGCUACUAUGAUUGUGACCUGUUGCCCUUUAUGGAGGUUGGCAGUGUGGCCCAUAAGUACUAUCUUCUCAACAUCCGAUUACCUGUUAAUGAACGCAAAAAAGUCAACAUCGGGAUUGGGGAAAUCAAAGACAUCCGUCUGGUGAGCAUUCAUCAAAAUGGUGGCUUCACCAAGGUUUGGUUUGCCAUGAAGACGUUCCUUACUCCCAGUGUCCUCAUUAUCAUGAUCUGGUACUGGAGGAGAAUCACCCAGAUGACCAGGCCACCUGUUCUCCUGGAAAAGAUUAUCUUUGCUCUGGGAAUCUCCAUGACAUUCAUCAAUAUCCCAGUUGAAUGGUUCUCAGUGGGUUUCAACUGGACCUGGAUGCUGCUGUUUGGUGACAUCCGUCAGGGCAUCUUCUACGCAAUGCUGCUUUCUUUCUGGAUCAUCUUCUGUGGAGAACAUCUCAUGGACCAGACUGAGAGAAACCAUUUUUCUGUGUACUGGAAGCAGGUUGGACCCAUUGUCUUUGGCUCGUUCUGCUUGUUCAUUUUUGAUAUGUGUGAAAGAGGAGUACAGCUGAAGAACCCCUUCUACAGUAUCUGGGCAUCAGAUGUUGGGACAGAGCUUGCUAUGGCCUUCAUCAUUGUAGCAGGAAUCUGCGCAUGUCUCUACUUCCUGUUCCUGUGCUUCAUGGUGUUCCAAGUGUUCAGAAACAUCAGUGGGAAAAGGUCGUCCUUACCUGCUAUGACAAAGGCUCGUCGACUGCACUAUGAGGGCCUCAUCUUCCGCUUCAAGUUCCUGAUGUUGGUCACAUUAGCAUGUGCUGCAAUGACUGUCAUCUUCUUCAUCAUUAGCCAGGUGAAUGAGGGUCACUGGCACUGGGGUGGCUACACGGUUCAGGUGAACAGCGCCUUCUUCACCGGAAUCUAUGGCAUGUGGAACCUCUAUGUAUUUGCCCUCAUGUUUCUCUAUGCUCCGUCUCACAAGCGUUAUGGGGAUGAGCAAUCAAGCGCUGAUCAAGCUGGAAACAGUGGUGAAGACAUACAGUUGACCACCACCAUCACACAUGUGGACGGACCUACAGAGAUCUACAAAAUGACUGGCAAGGAAGCUCAAGAGUAACCAUCACCUUUAUUCAGGGUCCAACAAGAGUCUCAAAAGUUCAAACAAUGCGCUUUUGCGUGUCCUGUGUGGUACCUGUCAUUUCAAACACAGCCUCACAAAUAUUUAGUCCCUUUUUCGCUUAUUGGCUUUCCGUUCCGCUGAGGUUCAGUCUAAAACAUCUGCUUAUGCCGAGCUGUAGAAAAACGGAGUUGCACACCAUCUUGUGGGUACUGGGAGAAAUUAUGAAGUGUAUCUCGUACUGUGGAUAGGCAAAGGCACUGGUGUUUGCAAGGACCAAUACAUUGGAGGGAAAGGGAAACAAGGUCAUUUCUUUUAAUUAUACAGCAAUUGUUUGUUGUUUAUGUAUUCUGUAGCUGAGAUCAUUGUUUUCCCCUUUGAUUUUGUAAUCACAAAACAAGGAAGAAAAACUGUCAGCUUACUGUAGUUACGCAAAUUUUUUUUCUCUCCAGUUGAUCCUUUCUCAUAUGACUUCCUUAAACACUCCCUACCAAAAGUAAACACACCCAUUGAUUCUAUAACGUCAAUGACUGAGUUUAAACCAAGGUUUCUUAGAACAAGAUGUGGAUGUAAAGUGACAUACAGAUAGAUUCAUGUCCUUGUGUUCUGAAUGGCAAACACUAUGUUCAUUGUUACAAUGUAGAGAUAUAUUUUUUAUAAAGUGCUUAUUUUCAUCUGUUUGAAAGCAUUAGUGGCUGUAUUGUAUCAUUGUGUUGUAAAAAAAAAAAAAAAAUCAUUUUGAGAUUUUCGAUUGUAUCGCAUGGAAAUUUAGGGUUUUUUUUUUUUUUUCAUGCUUUUUAUGCUAAUUUAAAUAAUAAAAAACAUUUUAGAUUU